AUGAGUGUCGAACAGGUGUCUGGUGCGCACGCGUGCGAAGAACAGGUGGCACGGUUUGAACGCAAUGUGGAGGCGGCGGAGCGGCGGAGCGCCUCUGAGGACAAGGCGCUGGUGAUCUACAGCGGCGGGAACGACGACGAGUGGCUGCUGCGGUGGUUCCGGCCGGUGCUGGUGGAGAGCGUGGGGGACAAAUGCGUGUGGCUGCGCGUAACCGCAGGAUCAGCAGGUGCCGCGCAGGUGCGGACGCGGUACGGGGUCGGCGGGUCGCCGGGCGUGUGGUGUGUGCGAGGUGGACAAGUGGUGUUGGGGCUGCAGGGGCAGCGGGGCGGGGCCGGGUUUGCGCGGCGGCUGCUGCGCAGCCUGGACGCGCAGACGACGUGCGAGCUGGCGUUCAAGCUGACGGACGGCGGGCUGUUGCGGCACAAGUUCAGCGCGGGGGCCACGCUGGCGCUGGUGCGGGCGUGGGUGGACGCGCACCGCAACGACGGCACGCUUCCGUACCAGUUCUACAGCAGCGCGCAGCGCGCGACGCUGACGGAGGCGCAGGAGCGGCUAACGCUGACGGAGCUAGACCUGGUGCCGCGGUCGGCGCUAAUCCUGAAGCCGGUGCAGACGGCCGCGGCGGAAGCCGUGGGGGACGCGCAUGGGGGCGGGCUGCUGAGCAGCCUGCAGCGCGCGGUGGCGUGGCUGGUGACGCGCUCCGCGCCGGCGGCUGCAGCGCCGACCGCGGGUACGGCGUCGCCGUCGCCCGCGUCGUCGUGCUAUGCGUCGCCCAUGCAGUCGCCGCUUCUGAAACACUUCGACUGCGGCGAGUCCGAGCUGAGCAUUCCCCCGACAUGCAUAGCGCCGAGCGCCCGCAAGUUCCAGAGCCCGGACCGGCGAUAG